GCGCGGGCGGAGCAGCCGGGUAGCGGUGGAGUGCACGGGUCGCGCUUCCUCUGCGGCGCCCAUGGGGACAGGACGACUUUAAAGGAGUUUGGGGGGGUUCUGGCGCUGGGCGACCACGGAUCCGGCGAUUCCUGCCCUCGCCUCGCCCUGUCAUUGAUGGGAAAUCAACUGGAUCGCAUCACCCACCUGAAUUAUAGCGAGCUGCCGACCGGGGACCCCUCGGGGAUCGAGAAGGACGAGCUGCGCGUCGGGGUGGCUUACUUCUUUUCGGAUGAAGAGGAGGACCUGGACGAGCGAGGCCAGCCAGACAAGUACGGCGUGAAGGGCUCGGGCAGCCCUGGGCAGGAGACGCCCACCCACCACCUCCACCACCAGCUGGUGCUGAACGAGACCCAGUUCUCCGCUUUCCGCGGCCAGGAAUGCAUCUUCUCCAAGGUCAGCAGCGGCCCCCAGGCUGGGGACCUCAGCGUCUACUCGGUGUCAGCCCUGCCCGCCCUCUGCAAGCCGGGGGACCUGCUGGAGCUGCUCUACCUGGGGCCGUCGGAGCACCCGCCGCCGCACUGGGCCGUGUACGUGGGUGGCGGGCAGAUCAUCCACCUGCACCAGGGGCAGAUCCGCCAGGACAGCUUGUACGAGGCGGCCGCGGGCAACGUGGGCCGGGUGGUGAAUAGCUGGUACCGCUUCCGCCCGCUGGUGGCGGAGCUGGUGGUGCAGAACGCCUGCGGGCACCUGGGCUUAAAAAGCGACGAGAUCUGCUGGACUAACUCCGAGAGCUUCGCCGCCUGGUGCCGCUUCGGGAAACGGGAGUUCAAAGCCGGGGGGGAGCUGCAGGCGGCUGCUGGCACCCAGCACCAGCAGCAGUACUAUCUCAAGAUCCACUUGGCAGAGAACAAGGUGCAUACGGUGAGGUUCCACAGCCUGGAGGAUCUAAUACGCGAGAAGCGCAGGAUCGAUGCCAGUGGCAAACUGAGGGUGAUCAAAGACCUGGCUAUAGUGGAUGGGAAAGAAUAGGGAGGAGCAGGAGUACGUGGCUAUCUUCCUUCUGCCCUGCUCGGGGAGACCAGCCUGCCGUAGAGUCAGGAGGCUGCACCCUCCUUCCGUGGGACGCAACUGGAAGCAGGAUCCAUGGCAACAUUCCAAAAAAAACCAGCAUUCUUUACACCCAUAGCCAGUAUUUUGUUUGGCUUUUAAUAGCAUUAAUGCUGAAAGAGAGAGGAAGAAAAGAGGGGGGAGGUGCAGGAAGGCUGUUCUCGGAGUAUGUGGACAAAGUCUCUCCUGUCAAUUGAUGUUGACCAUUCUAGCAACAUGCCAAUAAAAUUUCAAAUUGAAAUUUCUUUUUAAAUUUUUAUUUCAUGGCUUUAAUCCAUGAUAAGUUUUAAGUAUCUGGGACCAUGGAUGUGGAUGUAGCUAAAUGAGAGUCUAGCUAAUAUUUGCCUGGCCAACCAAAAGCAUCAGUCAUACUUUGCUAACUGGGAGAGAAAGGGGGUGUUGGGGUAGAGGGUAAUUCCCUAUUUUUGUUUCUCCACACUGCUGUUUCAGCCUGUAGCUGCAACCAAAAUUUUCUCCCAACCAACUCUGGCGAGCUGUUUACUAGGAAAAAAUACUUUCAUUUCUGGUUUAAAUCUGUCACAUUUAAAAUAUUUGCCUUUGCUUUCUGCUAAAUGUCAUCAUAAUGCAUAAGCUCUUUCCACCUCUUCCCUCCUCCCACCUUCCUUGCCUUUUUUUUCCUUUUUUUUUUCUUUUUUUUUUAAAAAAAAAAAAGUUGGCAAGCAGCUGUUUUCCUAAAACUAAAUUCAGUGGUUAAAAGGAAGUGGUGUAUUUUGAGGAGCAGUAUUCUCAGAGAUCAUAUCAGAGCCACUAGGAUUUCAUGCUUGAGCUGUGGAAUUUGUGCCACUGCUUUGAUAUCUCAUCAUACACAGGUCAACAGAAUCCUGCAAGAAACACUUUUGAAUUCUGCAUGUUACCUCUUUGGAACAGCAAUUUAUUGCAUAUUUACAAUUCCAGUUAAAGAAAUAGAUGUAAUGUGGCCAAGGUCAUCUUGCAUUUCAAAUUCCCAGCAACAAAAAAUUCUGUUCAGUGUAAGUUUAGAAAUCCACAGCAGCAUUUAAAAGAUGCCUUUUAAUGUGAUGUGAGCAAUGCCUUGUCUGUAUUUCAGAUCCUGUUCACUCAUUGCUUAAUUCUAAAUUUUGAAGUGAAAGACCAGAGAAUUAAAUAUAUUUUUAAAAAAUCUAAAGUAUACUGGGGCAUUUCUUUUUAUUAUUCUGAGCUGCAUACAACUUGUAAUUUUGUCUUUGCAUGUUUCAGUGCUGGAAAGAAAAUGCACUUGUUUUUGUUCUCUUCCCACAUCAAUGUCAGCUAACAGAAGUAAUAGCCCUCUUUUGUAUAUAUAUAUAUGAUACACUCCACCGCCUGUCAAUGUACUGUGUCCCAACUCUUUUUUUUAAUUAAACAAUGUCAUAAGCAACCUUGUUGCAACAGUAAUUCCAUUUCUUCAAAGCUUUUGCCUGCUGUAGCUGAAGCUGCAAGGGUGGAGUGUACUUCAUUAUAAUUAAAGUGUUAGCAUAAAUAUCUUUAAGAAAAAACAAACAAAAACCUGAACCCCCAAAACUACUCUUCUCAGUGAAGGUCAUAUAAUUGGAUUUGUUCUUGCUAAUAUAUGUGGCAAAAUUAUGUGGCGAUAAGCAGGUAAUUUAUCACUUUCCCUAAAGUACCUUAUUUAGUACAAUAUAGGGUAAAAAUGUGAAUUGUAAUUAGUGUCAAAUUGCUGUUGAAAUAGCCUCAAACUACAGCAUACUUUUUAAUAAAUCUGUAAUUUUUUAGCUUUAUAUAGGCAGUAGUGGUUGUCUGAUGAUGUUAACUUUUCCCAUAACAGGAACAGAAUCUUCUACCUAGUGUUUGUGUAUCUUACUGUUGCACAUUAGAUUGCCUAAAUUGUCUGUUAGAACUGAUUUCCCUGUACCACUUGGUGGGAGCACUGUGGGAUUGCAGAAAGACUUUGGCUUUACACCAAGGCACUUGCAAAACAUCAGAAACUGAUAUGAGACGGAAAGGUGGGCAAAAGCAAUUUAUUUGAUUUUUUUGUUUUUUCCUUAUCAGAAAUAUGCAUUGGAGACCUGAGGUUGCAAGAGGCAGGGAGAAUUAAAUGAAGAGGGAAUAAGUACCAGAAUCUUUAUAAAUGAAGGCAAGAAGAAUAGAGUCAUAGUGUUAUUUUUGAUUUCCGGAAUGGUUUUUAUUCAAAUUGCUGUUAGAUUAGACAGAUGUUCCUUGGAAGAAAAUAAUUUUAGGUUGUCACUAGUGAGAAUUUAAAAUAUACUAAAUUUAAACUUUUCACUGUGCUAAAAACCCCAUUUUAACUUUGGAUUUUUUGCAAUGAUUUACUAACCUGGUUCAUAAGCAUGACUAUAUUCCUUGUCUUACCCAGCUAGAUGUAGAAUGGUAUUUUGUAGUAUAUAAAAGAAAUUAUAGGAGCUACUGUAUGCUUAUUUAUUCAAGCUCUGUCAGAGACCUCUGUCAUCACUCUGAAUUUGUACAAAUAAAGGUACAAUGCUGUACCUUUAGAAGGCCUUAGUCCUUUUCAUAAGGACUGGAGAAAAUAUAUUGGGAAUAUAUUUUCUAAUACCAGAUGGUAACAGCUGGUAUUAACCUAGGAUAUAGUAUUGUCACGACUGUGUUCAAGUAGCAUUCUGAAAUUAGCAACAAGGGUGCCCAUACAGUUUCUUUUGUUAUUUUUCUUUAGCUAGAUUUCAGUCCAGAGCUAUUGGCAGCAAUCUGGUCUUGAUUCAUAGCCCAUUGCAGUUAAUGGCUCUUGCUGACCAAUGAACUUUGGAUCAGAUGGUUAGGAGGUGGUUAAAAUUUGUGGAGCUUGAGGAAGAGUGAAAUUUAAGAUGACACUUCAGAGACCAGAAGGGCCACCUUUCUGAGGUGGGAGACCAUGGACACAGGCAACACUGAAAAAAUAAGGGAAGGAAACAGACAAGUUCUGAAACAAGCAGUGUUAACCUGAGAUCUCUUAGGGAAUCUCUUAAAAAGACUGAAUGUAACGUGGAUAUAAAAAGUUGUUCGGUGCCUUGAAACAAGAAUUGGAAGACAGGGAGCAGUCAGCUGCAACAAAGGCAAUGAUGCGAAUGACCAACAGGUAAAAAAUGUAAUUGAUUGUAUUCAUCAUUCAGGAUCAGUGGGCCUGGCAGAGUUAACAUUUCCAUUUCCAGCACUAAAGAUAUUGACAAAUUGUAUUAUAUCCGUGGAAUCUGUUUGCAUUCUUUGGCCUAGCUACCUAGGGUAAAUAUUUACAUCUCAUUCAUUGCUCUUGAAGUACUGACAUGUAGUAUGACAGCAAUGUCAAGAUACUUUGCAGUCUUCCGUGUCAUGUUUCAAGCUUUCUGUUAGCUAUUUGGGUAACAGUUCUAUAGAAUUUCUUUUGCUUAGAUGUGAUUCUCUUUUCAAAAUGCAAUCUUUUGAAUUGCUUUGAGACUAAACAUUUUAUUCAAAUUUCAAUUCAUGUCCUCUAGAAACAUAGAGAGCCUUUGUGAAAUGUUUUCCUGUCAUGGCCAGAAUGUUUAGUGCUUAUUGGCUGUGCAUAUUGGGAGAGGACUCUAAAGAUGGCUAGCAAAAUAGGUUUUGCUACUGUCAGAUUUUGUCUCCAUCCUCAUCUUAUGUCUCUAGAGGACUUUGUUUUAAUAUUUUUGGAUUCUUUUUCUCCUUUCAAGUGGAAGGUUGUAUAAAAUGAAAAUAAAAAAACCAACCUAAACCAAAACCCUCAUAGCAUGCUUUUUAUGGCAGUAUGCUAUUGAUCCGUAUAGUGGGUUUCAGGUUAAAAGUAGGGUUCAGCAAGACAUGGCCUUUGGGGUGUGACAAGAAGUGGCCCUUGGUCUGUGCUAGAAUGUGCACAUUCUUAAUUAUCUUGCCUCAUCUUGUUUAAGUGUCUUUCAUAUUCAGGUAAGUAAUGUACAAAACUGCCAGAGUUUAUAGACCUGUUUAUGCGAUGUAUUGAGCAUCUGUAACUCCAGCUGUGUCUGCUGGAGUUGAGGGAACACUGUCUCAGCACAGAGCAUCUUGUGGGAUCAGGUGCCUCAGCCUGCCAAGCUCCCUACCCUCUGUCUGCAGCUACAGAGGAAGUAGUGGUCUGGAGAAGUUACUGCUAAUUUUGAGAUUUAGUUAUUUUCUGUGAAAAAUUUCUACUAGAGUAGUGUAUGGGCAGUAUCCUGGCCAUAAUUAUACUUGGAUGUGACUAAAACAUUCUGUGUGCUGCUGCUUAUGGGGUGAAAACACUCUGCUUCCCACUCUAUGACCCAGGAGAAGGAUAGAAGUCCCAGUGCCAAAGAAGUAAUCCAGAAAUACUUAGGAGCUAUGAUUGGGCUACCAUGCUAAGGGAGUUUCACUGCAAAAUUAAGGUCUAAAGGAUAAUGUUACAUGACUAGAGUGUGAUCAAGUACAGCUGUUAGAGUGUCACUGUUUCUGUGGCAAGUGUGGAAUUUAUUUGCUUACUUUAUUACAAAAUACUUAACUUUUCUUUCCUGUGAGUUCAAAUUUGAUACGUGAAGCUGCUCUAUGUGCUCUACGUUCAUGGAUCUUCUGACGCAAUAUUAGUUUGAUCUGUCAGAGUUUUUUACAAGUUUAUUGUCAAGAAAAUUAAUGGAUACUGACUGGGAACAGAUGCUUUACUGAACUGCUAGUAAAUCAAAGAGGGUAGUGUAGAUGUUAGAUUGAAAAAAGGGAAUGAACUAAGAAUGUUCUGUUACUGGGCAUAUCUACAGAUUUGUUCCAGAUUAUAUAAUCUAUACAGAUAUAAAGUGCCAGUGCUGUAUUUUUCUAAUGUGGUUGUGGCAUUCUACAUUCUCUCAUUUGCAAAAUACUAUUAUCUGUCUAAAUAAUCCAAAUCCCCAGUGAAGUUCUAUUUUUUUAUAUUGAAAUUCCAUUGAAGUUAACAGUUACUUUAUUUAUACUUGCCUUUGAGAAAUAAGAUGGAUUUUUUUUAAAGGAUUAUAAUUGAGCAGCUAGUAAUAUGCACUUUAAUUUCUUAAUUUUAAAUAUUUUGUAUCAAGCACAAAUGUAUUUAAGUUGAUAUGUCCAGAGGAAUGAUAGAACUUCCAUUAGCAGAGUCUAUUCAGAUUGUUUUAUUUUUUUUUUUCAUGUUUUAAUUAUGGACCAUUGGGGCAUUUUGAUUCUGCGGAUGAUGCAUGUAUGUAAAACUGUUUGCAGGAUCAGGAUUCUUAAAAUAAAAGAUCUCUCCCCUUCAUGUGGCAUUAACUUUGGGCUAAAAUCAAGGAGUAGGAUUUAGCCAGGAUCAAGGCCUCAGCAACAAUCUCCUAUGGAAUUUAGUGGAAGGCUCGUGUGUGAUGUCUACCAUAAGGGCCUUAAUUACAUUUUCUUACUUGUACAUACAGUAAUCAUCUAUGCAAAUGGCAUUUUCCUAGGUAAAGUGGGUUAAUGCUUUUCAAACAUCCCUUGGACUUCGUCUUCUGUGUCUAUGUGGGUAUAUUUGUUGGGCGCAAAUAAAAAAAUUGGGGUUUAGUGCUGUAGACCCAAUAUCUCCAGCUAUUUUGACAGGAACUCAGGUGGAAUUUGGAACCAGUGUGGCUACAGAAGGAAAGGGUGGAAGAAUUUUCAGUUAAACUUCAAGCUGUUCAAGGAGGAUAUUCAGAGCUAAGCUUGAGAUUCCAUUCUUUCUCUUCUCCAAGGUGGAAGAGGGUUAGUAACUGUGCACCCCUCACACAUAAAACCAUUACACUGGAGAUCCAUGCUACUGCCUAGGCAAAAUAGGGUAAAAUAUGCAGUGUCUCAUCAGCCUUAAGAUGCAAACAAUUUUUCACAAUUUAAACACUACUUGGAUACAGUGUGGCUGUGGCAUUGGCAAUCAAUUUUGAAAAGUCGCAUUUUUAAGCUGAUAAACUAAACAGCAUAAUGUUUAUAAAUGGGAAACCUCAGUAAGCCUUCUUGUUAAUCUAUACAGCAGAUUUUGUUCCCAGUUUGUGUAAAUAAAAGAGUAACCCUGAUUCAAGAAAAUUAUCAUGGGGUAGAAUUUGGAAAUAAAUGAAACAAUCCAACUCCAAAUUUAGUUCUGAUGUUACACCAUCACUACUGCAGGUGAAUAAAUCGCAGAUACCUAACAGUGUGAAUAAAUACAAACUUCUGUAUUGUGACACUUCUUCACAGCAGAUUAUUUUAUGCCACAGAAAGAAUAUUCCGUGUAUGUUAUUCAAUAUGAGUAAACAUACGGCAAUCUGGUCUUAAAACAGAUCUUUUCUUCCAUAUGUUCCUAUUGUUUCCAUAUGCCCUUUCAGUCAGCUGAAAGCAAUACAAAAACUAAGCCUGAAAAAUAUACUAAUUGAUUGUAAAUAUUUAGGCAGAAAUUUAUAUGCAUAUUGACAUAAAACUAAUAGAUGUACUUGUAUAGACAUACAGAUUUGCAUACCGUGUGUUACGCAUACAAACACAUGACAAGUCCUGACUGUUUUGUUCGUAUUGUAACAAAUGUCAGUCAUUUCAGUAUGUAUUUUAUCUGUGUAACAGAUGGGUACCCAAGACUUCGCUGACAGUAUUUUAGCACUGUUCAAAUAUUUGUUCUUUAGGGUAUGCCAUGGUCUUCUGACAUCAAGACAAGUGAGUUAAAUAUGUGGGGUUUGACAUAUUGCUACUUACUGGAGGAAAAAUAUCAAGAAACACUACACUUUGCAAUAAUGAAGUACCCUUUUAGAAUGAACUAUGCUGCUACUGACUUGUGUAUUUAUAAAUAAAAGAAUGAUCCAAUGAA